UCAACAACUCAAGGGCAUCACUAAUAAGAAGUAGUUUCUCUCUCUCUCGUUCUUUCAUAAUUCUCCGACAAGAUCAAUGGCACCUGAGAUGAACAACAAGUUGAGCUACGGAGGGAAGCAGAGGGCUUACGUGACUUUCCUUGCCGGGAACGGAGACUACGUGAAAGGAGUCGUUGGUCUGGCUAAAGGCCUAAGGAAAGCUAACAGCAAGUACCCAUUAGUGGUUGCUGUCUUACCGGACGUGCCCCUGGAUCACCGCAGACAGCUAGUGGAUCAAGGCUGUCUCAUCAAGGAUAUUCACCCGGUUUACCCGCCGGAUAACCAAACUCAGUUUGCCAUGGCUUACUACGUCCUCAACUACUCUAAGCUCCGCAUUUGGGAGUUUGUCGAGUACAGCAAGCUGAUAUACUUAGACGGAGACAUACAAGUGUUUGAGAACAUAGAUCACUUGUUCGAUCUUCCCGACGGUAGUUUCUACGCUGUUAAAGACUGUUUCUGCGAGAAGACAUGGAGCCACACUCCUCAGUACAAGAUCGGCUACUGCCAGCAGUGUCCGGACAAGGUGACAUGGCCUGACACGGAGCAGCUUGGUCCUAAGCCACCGUUGUACUUCAACGCCGGAAUGUUCGUUUACGAACCAAGCCUCGCCACUUAUUACAACCUUUUGGACACUCUCAAAGUUAUCCCUCCCACACCUUUCGCUGAACAGGAUUUCUUGAACAUGUACUUCAAAGAUAUAUAUAAGCCGAUUCCACCGGUAUAUAAUCUUGUCUUGGCUAUGCUCUGGAGGCAUCCAGAGAACAUAGAGCUUAAUGAAGCCAAAGUUGUUCAUUACUGUGCAGCUGGUGCUAAGCCUUGGAGGUUCACAGGCCAAGAACAAAAUAUGGAGAGAGAAGAUAUCAAGAUGCUUGUAGAGAAAUGGUGGGACAUUUACAACGACGAGUCACUUGAUUACAAGAACGUAAAUGUGCAUUGCAGACAAAAAGAAGAUGUCCAAAAGAAACAGCAAUCCCUUCCACAGUUUUUAACAGACUUGUCUGAGGCUAAUGUGCUUCACUGCGCCAAAGCUCCAUCGGCGGCCUAGACAACUUUGUAAGGGCUGCACUAGGUUCUUGUCAACAACUAUUUGCUAUUAAUUAGCUUGUGAAACUGCUGAUGUUUAAAUAGGAAUUAUUGUAUGAAGUUGUGUUUUCCCGUUUUUAUGUGACUUUAGAGUGUUUAAUCUCCAAACCCUCUCUGUACCUUGUAUGUUUGCUAAAGCCUAAAGAUUUCUCUUCCGAAAAGAUAUAUUAAAUAAUAGUAUAGUUUUGUUAA